AUGCUUAUUUCCAAGAUUUUAGCCCACCUACCACUUCUAGUUGCCCCCGUAUUGGCCGGCGUCAUAGACCAUAACAAUGACGACAAUGUUGAGCGGCCAAGGGAAGUACUCGCCAGAGGGACCAGAGGCAAAAGCGGUGAAGUAGACGUCAGCCACUCGGGAACAGAAAAUAUCGGGCAGCGUAGUCACAAUGAUCCUCGAAACGACUCCGAGAGCACCAUGGCCACCAUCAGUCCCAUUGCUGAACGCGCCAACCUUUUGACAGCAGUGAAACCCUCCGCCACCCCCAACCUGCCAAGCAAAUCACCUUCCAACAGCUCCAAACUGACACUAGCUUUGGAUGACGAAUCUACCGCGUCUAGUCUCCUUACCGAAACCUCGACAAAGCACAGGGCAGAGACCGAAACAGAUUUGAUGGUUAUGACAGGCAACCAGCCAGAACCUCGGUUAGUUUUGACAUAG